CUGUCCUCAGCCGGGCUGGAGCAGUCACCAGAAGGGGUGAGCAGCACCUUGUGAGCAUAUUCUCUUUACACCAGUCAAAAAUCAGCAUCUUUCCUACUUGCAGCACUGCUGUGCUGUGGCGAAUGAAUGAUGCAACUCAGAUCCCUUCUUGCCUGCCCGUGAUGCUCCUGACAGCGGUGAACUGCUACAGCGUGAAAGCUGCCACCCGUGUCCAGGAUGCCUUCGCUGCGGCGAAGCUGCUGGCGCUGGCUCUCAUCAUCAUUCUUGGCUUCGUGCAGCUCGCGAAGGGUGAUGUGACAAACCUGACUCCUGAGCACUCCUUCAAAGGCACAAAAGUCGACGUGGGGAACAUCGUGUUAGCGUUGUACAGCGGCCUCUUUGCCUAUGGAGGAUGGAAUUACUUGAAUUUCGUUACAGAAGAGAUGAUCAACCCCUACAGAAACCUGCCUCUGGCUAUCAUCAUCUCGCUCCCUGUAGUCACUUUGGUUUACGUGCUGACAAACUUGGCGUACUUCACGACCCUGUCGACGGAGGAGAUGCUGAUGUCCGAAGCCGUGGCUGUGGAUUUUGGGAACUACCACCUUGGUGUCAUGUCCUGGAUCAUACCCGUCUUUGUUGGCUUGUCGUGCUUUGGAUCCGUUAACGGGUCCCUCUUCACUUCUUCCCGGCUGUUCUUCGUGGGAUCCCGAGAAGGGCACUUACCUUCAAUCCUCUCCAUGAUUCACCCCAGGCUUCUCACUCCUAUGCCAUCCCUCGUCUUUACGUGCAUCAUGACCCUGCUCUACGCCUUCUCCAACGACAUUUUCUCAGUCAUCAACUUCUUCAGCUUCUUCAACUGGCUGUGCGUGGCCCUGGCCAUCAUCGGCAUGAUGUGGCUGCGUUACAAGAAGCCGGAGCUGGAGAGGCCCAUCAGGGUGAACAUCUGCCUGCCCAUCUUCUUCAUCCUGGCCUGCUUGUUCCUCAUCGCCGUUUCCUUCUGGAUGACACCGAAGGAAUGUGCCAUCGGCUUCGCCAUCAUCUUCAGCGGGAUCCCUGUUUACUUCUUCGGGGUCUGGUGGCAAAACAAGCCCAAGUGGGUUCUCCAAGGCAUCUACUCCGCCACAGUCCUGUGCCAGAAGCUGAUGGAAGUGGUUCCGCAGGAAUCAUAAGUGGGAAAAGCAGAGACAUUCAGCUCGAGGAAACGCACAACAUUACUUUAAGGCGACACAAGGAGAAAACACUUCUGAUCCCUCGUAAACGAAACCCAGGCACU